CAAAUACACCCCAGCACAGGACCUUAUCUGAGUCCCCACACUCUCCUCCCUGCUGACUGGCAGGCCCUGGGAUGGCUGAUACCUCCAAUCUCCCUGGAGACAGCUGGUCACAUUGCAGGGAGGCAGGAGUGGCAUCAUCACUCUGGGACCCAGUCUCCCUCUUGUCCCCAAAAGAAGACUGAUCUCUUCCCAUAGCUGACAGCUGAGAUGCCAACACACUCCUCCACUGUGACGGUCUCUGGAUGGACAGAAAGCAACAGCAAGCCCCAGGCCAGGAUCAUUGGUCCAGACAGUAACUGAGGCCAUCUCUGGAAUGCUGUGAGCCCCUCUGCCUCUUCUCCUCCCCUCCUCUGCCUUUUCUCCAUUUCUGCUAUUGGCAGGUGUGUGUCUGUUCCCAAGAGAGCAGGAAGACGGAACCCUGGCACCAGAGAUGCAAGUGGGUGCCUUGUCUGAGUGUGUGUGACUAUGUUUGUGUCCGUUGUGUGCACAUGUGAGUGUGUGAGUGUGUGUUCUGUGCCCUUGCUGCUCUCCCAAUCCUUCCACCUUAAUCAAGCAGAGAGAGUGACCUUGAGGAGUCCACAGGGCCAGCAGAACCAGCAUGGCCUCAGCUGCCUCUGUGACCAACCUGGUAGAUGAGGUCAACUGCCCCAUCUGCCAAGGCACUCUGAGGGAACCUGUCACCAUCGACUGUGGCCACAACUUCUGCAGGGGCUGCCUCACUCGCUAUUGUGAGAUACCAGGUUCAGAAUCCGAGGAGUCCCUCACCUGUCCGCUCUGCAAAGAGCCUUUCCGUCCGGGGAGUUUCCGGCCUAACUGGCAGCUGGCCAAUGUGGUGGAAAACAUUGAGCGCCUCAAGCUGGUAGCCAUGCUGGGCCCAGAGGAGGAGGACGUCUGCCGGGAGCACGGGGAGAAGAUCUAUUUCUUCUGCGAGGAUGAUGAGGCGCAGUUGUGUGUGGUGUGUCGCGAAGCCGGGGAGCACAGGGUUCACACUGUGCGCUUCUUGGAGGAUGCUGCAGGUCCCUACCGGCAUUUUAUGCUCCUUCUCCCUCAGGAACAAAUACAGAAGUGUCUUAGAAAUCUAAGAAAGGAGAGAGAGGAGAUUCAAGAAAUCCAAUCAAGAGAAAAUAAAAGGAUACAAGUCCUCCUGACUCAGGUGGCCACCAAGAGACAACAGGUGAUUUCCGAGUUUGCACAUCUGAGCCAGUUCCUGGAGGAACAGCAGAGUAUACUCUUAGAGCAACUGGAGAGGCUAGAUAGUGACAUCUUGAAGCAACAGGAAGAGUUUGAUUCCCUGGUUGCUGGGGAGAUCUGCCGGUUUAGUGCCCUGAUUGAAGAGCUGGAGGAGAAGAGCGAGAGGCCAGCAAAGGAGCUCCUGACGGAUAUCAGAAGCACUCUAAUAAGAUGUGAAACCAGAAAGUGCCGGAAACCAGAGGCUGUGUCCCCUGAGCUGGGCCAGAGGAUUCGGAACUUCCCCCAACAAGCCCUCCCACUGCAGAAGGAGAUGAAGAUGUUCCUGGAAAAACUCUGCUUUGAGUUGGACUAUGAGCCAGCUCACAUCUCUCUAGACCCCCAGACUUCCCACCCCAAGCUCCUCUUGUCUGAGGACCACCAACGGGCUCAGUUCUCCUACAAAUGGCAGAAUUCACCAGAAAGCCCCCAGCGUUUUGACCGGGCCACCUGUGUCCUAGCCCACAGUGGCUUCACAGGCGGGAGACACACAUGGGUGGUGAGCGUGGACUUGGCCCACGGGGGCAGCUGCACUGUGGGUGUGGUGAGUGAGGAUGUUCGGCGUAAGGGGGAGCUGCGGCUGCGCCCAGAGGAGGGCGUGUGGGCUCUGAGGCUGGCCUGGGGCUUUGUCUCUGCUCUGGCCUCCUUCCCCGCAAGACUGGCCCUGGAGGAGCAGCUCCGGCAGGUGCGGGUAUCUCUUGACUACGAGGUGGGCUGGGUGACCUUUGCCAAUGCUGUCACUCAUGAGCACAUCUACACCUUCACUGCCUCCUUCACUGGGAAGGUCUUUCCCUUCUUUGGGCUCUGGGGCCGAGGGUCCAGUUUCUCUCUGAGCUAUUGAGAGGGUGAAAUUACCCUCCUCCAAAUACAAGACUCAAAUCAAGUAUCAUGUGAA